GUGUUUGUCUCAUCAGCUGCAUUAAAUAGCUGUGAUCAGCUGUGUGAAUAGAAUUGUUAUUGCUCAUAGAAACUGUUUAUUGUACUCAGAUCUGCAUUUAAGUCGUCUGUUAAGAAGCAAACAUCUUUAUUUGAGAUCAGAGACAUCAGAUUCAAUGGCUUCCUUCUGCAUCAAUGAGACGUGGACUAACAGUCAAGUAUGUGAACUCCUGGAAGAAGCCGGACUCGACAAAACUAAAUUUAAAGAAAAAGGAAUUGAUGGUGUGGCGCUAAAACUUACAGAUGAAGAUCUGAAAGGGAUGGGCAUAACAGACGCUAAGGAACGUCUGAAAUACCUAAAUGUCAUCAGGAACAAAAACCAGCACAAGGUGAUUAAUGAUCCUAUCCAUGGGACCAUCAAGUUACAUCCACUUCUCAUCAGAAUCAUUGACACACAUCAGUUCCAGAGACUACGGAACAUGAAGCAGCUCGGUGGAGCGUCUUUUGUUUACCCUGGAGCAUGUCACACCCGCUUUGAGCACUCCAUUGGCGUAGCACACUUGGCAGGUGAGUUUGCACGAGCUCUGAAACCAAGUGCCACUGCUAUGGAUGACAAAGACGUGCUUUGUGUGCAGAUUGCUGGUCUUUGCCAUGAUCUAGGACAUGGACCCUUUUCCCACUUAUUUGAAGAAGUGUUUGUUUCUGCAAAAAAACAUGAGGACAUCUCUAUAAGACUGUUUGACUACCUGGUGGAAGAAAAUGGCCUGAAACCACUGAUGAAGCUCUACGGCCUGAAGGACAUUGACCUGACUUUCAUUAGGGAGAUGAUGAACCCUAAAGAAACAUAUGAAGGUCGUACAGAUGACAAGUACUUCCUUUAUGAAAUUGUGUCAAACAGCACAAACGGCGUUGACGUGGACAAGUUUGACUACUUUGCCAGGGACUGUCACUACCUGGGCCUCCAGAACAACUUUGACCAUCGUCGUUACCUGGAGUUUGCCAGAGUGUGUGAGGCUGAUGAUGGAAAAACACACAUCUGCGUGAGAGACAAGGAGGUGGAUAAUGUUUACGACAUCUUCCAAACAAGGUAUCGCCUCCACAAACGAGCCUAUCAGCACAAAGUGACAAAAGCUGUGCAGCUCAUGAUAAAAGACGCCUUCUUUGAAGCAAAAGACCUUCACAUUGAGGGAACAGGCAAGAAACUCUGUGAAGCCAGUGAGGACAUGGCAGCCUUUACAAAACUAACAGAUCAUCUUUUUCAACAAAUUCUUUACUCUGACUCAACUGACCCAAAACUGAGAAAGGCAAAGGAGAUUCUAGAGAGGAUCAUGUCUCGCGACCUCUACGAGUGUUUGCUUGAAACAGAAGUGACUGUGUCUCCCUCAGCUCCUGUUCAUGACCUCAAGGAGAAGAUUAAAGAUUUGAAACAGACUCUGACUGAAUCCUUGGAGGGUGAAGGCGUAAAAACACCAGAGGAUUUAGAAAUAAUGGUUGGUAAAUAUGGGUGGAAAGAGGAGGACCCUAUUAAAGACACAUAUUUCUACAGUAAGAAGGAACCUACCAAAGCAUUCAAAAAAUCACAGAACUUUAAGACGCACCCAGCACACAUUCCACAAUCGUUUAUCAGGGUGUUCAUUAAGAACAAGAGAAGAGGAGGUCAACGGAUCACUAUGAACAAGGAUUCAGUGAAACGACUCAAAGAGUGGUGCAAAGAAAGUGGCUUCGGACUCCAGGAUGACGACAAACAACAAGGAGAACCGUUUAAUAUGAAGAUGCUGAAGAUGAGCAUCAGCAAUAAAUAACAAACACCUGCUGUUAUGAAAUCAUUAAUAGUCAGAAAGAUCAGACUUUUUUACCGUUUAAGUAGCAAAUUAAAAAUAAUCUAAUACUUGAUUCCACUGUCCUCUGAAGCAAGAUUAUUUUUGUUUUUAUUUAAGUGUCAUGAGCUAAAAUGUGUAAAGACAUAACAAGUUUUUUUUUCAUGGGAUUAUCGUUCAUUUAUGGUUUUCUUGUUUUUUUUUAUAUUUUGGGUUUGUGAAUUAGGGAAUUUUGAUUACAUAUUAUUUUCAAUUUUAAUUACAUUUUCUGAUCAUUGUGGUUCCAGUUUGGCUAUUUUAAUUUCUCAUUCCUAAACAACAGCAUUAUUGUACUAUUAUAUUAAGGCUAUUACUUAAAUUCAUUUUUAAAAGCAAUUAAACUGAAUUAAUGUGUUCAAAUGUUUACUUAAUGUGCUGUGACUGUUUGAAACUGCACAAGCAACGAGGGCAUUCUAUAUUGUAUGAAAUAAAAAAUUUCUUAUCCAGGGCCUCUGAUCACUUACUGUAGCAGUCUAAGACCAGUUAAACAGUUGUUUUUUUUUAUUAUUUCUGCCUCAUUUUAAUUUCAUUGUGCUUAGCUUGAUUACACGUACAUAUUUAGCAAACAUAACAACACAAGCAGUGCCUCUGAUCACUUUCUGUUGCUUUCUAAGACCAGUACACUGAAAGAAAUGUUUUUGUAAAUUUUACAAAAAUGUUAUGUUCCAAUAUGUACAUUAAAAUUUUACAUAAUAUUUA